AAGUUGAAUUCAGUCUGGCUUUUGUGCGAAGCGGAAGAGUGGAGUCCCAUCGAAGCACGGCGUCUUUUCCCUCUUCCCCGGAUCCUUUUCAAAGUCCCUCCCGAACCUCUCCCCCUUCUUCCCUUGUCACCCUACCCACCCCCUGGACAUACGUCGACGGACGGUUCGGGCACUUGGCCUGUGACCAAAGAUUCACUCGUGUAUAUCACAUCCAGCUGCAUCAAUGGACUCAAGUCUCGUUGAAGGAGGACUUAAUGUCACCUUAACUAUCAGGUUACUCAUGCAUGGAAAGGAGGUUGGAAGUAUCAUUGGCAAGAAAGGAGAGUCAGUGAAGAAAAUGAGAGAAGAGAGUGGUGCCCGCAUCAACAUCUCUGAGGGGAACUGUCCAGAGAGGAUCAUAACCCUGGCAGGACCCACCACCUCCAUUUUCAAAGCGUUCUCCAUGAUCAUAGAGAAACUGGAGGAGGACAUCAGCACCUCCAUGACUAAUAGUACAGCCACCAGCAAACCACCAGUCACCAUGCGCCUCGUUGUGCCUGCCAGCCAGUGCGGCUCGCUCAUCGGCAAAGGGGGCUGCAAGAUCAAAGAAAUCAGAGAAUCAGCAGGAGCUCAGGUACAAGUAGCAGGGGACAUGCUGCCCAACUCAACAGAACGUGCCAUCACUGUUGCAGGGACUCCGCAGUCCAUCAUUGAGUGUGUCAAGCAGAUCUGCGUUGUCAUGCUUGAGUCCCCUCCAAAGGGAGUGACCAUCCCAUACCGACCUAAACCCUCAGGCUCUCCAGUCAUCUUUGCAGGUGGUCAGGCAUAUGCUGUCCAAGGACAGCACGCCAUUCCUCAGCCUGAUGUAAGUGAAGGGCCCUCUCUCACCAAACUUCACCAGCUGGCCAUGCAGCAGAGUCCCUUCCCCAUUGCACACGGCAACCAGGGCUUCCAGGCUGGGAUGGACGCCUCUGCGCAGACUGGCUCACAUGAGCUCACCAUUCCAAACGACCUCAUCGGCUGCAUCAUUGGGCGUCAGGGCGCCAAGAUCAACGAGAUCCGUCAGAUGUCGGGCGCUCAGAUAAAAAUUGCCAAUCCUGUGGAGGGUUCCACAGACAGACAGGUCACCAUCACCGGCUCCCACGCCAGCAUCAAUCUUGCAGAGUACCUGAUCAAUGCUCGGCUGACCUCGGAAGCCACCGGACUCGCAGCCAACUGACAUGGAGGAGCCUCGUUCGCAUCUAAUGUUGCCCCCGCCCCGACUUUUUACCAAGAGGUCCCUUAUUGAACUUCAUGCAAAAAUACUACGAACUCACUGUCUCCUCUGUUUGGGUUCGAUACGCCUCGGUUGUAACUAUGGCGUCAUCACGAUCACGGUAUGCUAUUUAUUUAUAAACUUUGAAAUUCCCAUUACAAUAAUUUCGAAAGACUUCUUUUUCUUUUUUUAAUGUAUAUCUUUAUGGUAUCGAUAAAGGUUCAAAUGUUUUAGAAAAAUCUGAAAAUGCAUAAACGUUUUUUUAUGUCAGAUUUUUCUUAGAAAAUGUAAAAAUGAAGAAAAAAAACACUAAACAUUAUAGAUGGACUGUUCUUUCCCUUCCCUUUUGAAUAUAUUUAUUUUUAUUUAAGACGGCUCCUUGUAAGAAGAGAAUCUAUUGAUGAUAUUUGGAGCUGUGCUUCUUGAGCAAUGCAUUGAGUUUGACGGGUUUUUAACGGGUCAAGGCCUCAGUUGAAGUCUAUUGCAGGAAUAAUUUGGAAAGUUUGCCAUUGUAUGAAUUUGAAAUUGUUUGGUCUCACCUCACCACCGUAAUUGUCAUUCCUGUGUUUUAUCAGUUUUAGUUCUUGAUCAUCAAAUUUUGACUUUUGUUUUGUAUUGCAUUCUGAUGUGGGCGGGUGGGUCUGAAUAAGAAAACAAAUAUUUUUCUUUUUUCCAAAUUUACUAAAGACCAUACUAAUUAUGAGGAUAACGUUUGCAAUGUUUGUUUUAAAUAGAGAAAAUAUUUUUUUUAACUGCUGGGCUGGGGAAUGCUGCAAGACUACAAAAGAUGUUGGUCUUUCAAAAUAUAUUAUGCUACGGUAAUAAAUUAUGAUAAACUAGAAGGAUAAUAGAAUAACAAACACUAGUUUUCUCAGAUUUGUUUUUUUUUUUUGCCUGGGUCAGAUUUGUAUUUUUAUUCUUUGCAGGAUGAAGAAACUCACGUUUUGUGCACGAUUUCAAACUAUUGUAGAUCUGGGUGCAUUUAAAUUGUUGAAGACUUAAAAUGCAGAAAUAAAAAAAAAACAUGUGAGAUGCUUAA